AUGGAUCCUGUUUGGCUUCUUCUUCUGCUCCCAUCCCUCCUCAAAGCGCAGGUGACUCCAGACUUCACACCAGGAGUCACGGUGGAGGCUGACAACAGCACAGGAACCUCAGAUGUCUCCCCCUCCAGUUCCCUCAGACCCCCAGAGCCUUCUGCGUUUGCAGUGACACCCUCAGAAGCUCCCCCAGUGGAGGAAGAUGAUUGGUCACCAGCAGAGACCUUCCUGUACACUGGAGAGCCCUACACUCUGGAUGUGGCGCGCUGCUCACGGGCGUACAGCCCGCCGGGGCAGACCGGAUCCCUGCCCCUCAGCUUCAGUGCCCCCCUCCGGCCGGCUCUGGACGCGCUGGCCAACACAGCCAACUUCCUCAACAUGAUCUUCCAGGCCAGUGACCUGCGGGAGAGCACGGUGCAGGAGGAUAUGGAGUGGUACCACGCCAUGGUCCGCGCCCUCCUGGAGGCCGACCUGCUUAUCCGGCGGGCCCUGUUCACCUUCGACGCUGACCCCACGUCCCUGGUGCCGCAGCUGGUGCUCUGUGCCUCCCGCAACCCGAUGGCCAAGGUGCAGACCAUCAUCCUGGAGGACUUAUCCAAGGCCUGGGACAGCCUGCACCCGCCCGCCCCGGCCCCCGACGACAGCUGGUUCAGAAGCUUUAAAUUCCCAGAGCCUAACAAGCCGAUGGCGGCCCUGUCCAAGCGGGUGCUCCUCAACGACCUCAGCACCUUGGACACGCCCAAGUGGAGGCAGGGCGACAGCUACGUGACCAAUCACAGCGGGGUGCGAUGGGACAGCGCCCCCUUCCUCGACUGUAAGGACGGACUCUUCGUUCCAGACUGGAUGCUCACCCUGUCCACCUCCUUCUACGGCCUCAAGCCAGACCUGACACCAGAGUUCAGAGGUGUGAUCCGUGUGGAUGUCAACAUUCAAGACAUCGACUUGGACCAGUGUGCAACAGGAGACGGCUGGUUUGCCGACACUCACCAGUGCAACCGCACCACCAUGGAGUGCGUCCCAACUCCAGGCCGGGGCUUUCGACUGGGUCAGUACUGCUGCCGCUGUAAAGAGGGUUACUACGACCCAGAGACAGACUCAGGUGUCGAUGCAGAUGGCGGCCGUGUGAACGGGAGCGACGGCGGUGGCGGUGUGUGUUACCCGAACAUGCCCAUCUGCCUCCCCUGCUGGCCGGGCUGUACGAGCUGCCAGGACGGGACCCCCUGCUGGGUGCAGGAGGCCUGGUUUCUCAGGGCAGGCGUGCUCGGCGUCCAGGGUGUCUUCAUGCUCCUCAUCUUCGUCAGCAUGCUGGUGGCCUACAGGCAUCGCAGAAACCGGAGGAUCCGGGCGUCCGGCCUCCUGCUGCUGGAGACCAUCUUGUUCGGCUCUCUGCUCCUCUACUUCCCAGUUUUCAUCAUGUACUUCAAGCCGAGCACGUUCAGGUGUAUUCUGCUCCGCUGGGUCCGAAUGCUCGGCUUCUCCAUCGUCUACGGGACAGUCACUCUGAAAAUGUACAGGGUGCUGAAGGUGUUCCUCUCACGCACGGCCCAGAGAGUCCCCUACUUGUCCAGCCUCUACCUGCUAAGGAUUCUGGGAGUGAUGCUGAUGACGGUCAGCUGGUUCCUGUGUGCGUGGACGGUGGGCGUACUGCAGAACCGCGACAGGAACAUCCCGGUGUUCGUCACAACCAACACGUCGGACGGCCAGGGGUUCAACCUGUGUUACAUGGACCGCUGGGACUACAUGAUGGCAGUGGCCGAGCUGCUGUUCCUGUGCUGGGGCAGCUCCCUGUGGACCACCGUCAGGCCAGUUCCCUCAGCUUUCCACGAGCCUCGCUACAUGGGCAUCGCCAUCCACAACGAGCUGCUUCUGUCCUCCAUGUUUCACCUGUUCAGGUUCACCUUUUCCUCUCUCCAUCCUGAUUGGAUGUUGCUGCUCUCCUUCACUCACACCCACGUGACCAUCACUGUGACACUCGCCCUGCUCUUCAUCCCCAAGUUUCUUUAUGUGUCUAAGCCGGGGAGAGAGGAGAUUGCAGCAGAGGUAUAUGAAGAUGAAGUAGACCUGCGGCGCUCGGGCUCGUACCUCAACAGCAGUUUUCACUCUGCAUGGAGUGAACACAGUGGAGUGGACCCGGAUGACUUUCGGGAUGAACUGAAGAAGUUAUAUGCCCAGUUAGAAGUCCACAAGACCAAGAAGAUGACUGCAAACAACCCUCAUCUGUCAAAGAAGCGAAGUUCUCGAUGCGCAUUAGGGAGAUCUAUUAUUAGACGCAUUGCUGAGAUCCCAGAAAGCAUGAGCCGGCAGUGCAGCCGUGACGACAAAGAUGGAUCCUUCCACAAUAGAUUCAGUGUCAAUCAGUCCGAGUCUUACAGGAGGGCUCCAGAUACUGUCAGUAUCAGUUACAAAAGUUCAAUGAAAUCACCAUCACCAUCACCAUUACCAUCACCAUCCAUGCGCAAGUCCCAAAGCGAUCAUCAUUAUGUCAGGGAAAGAGACCCUUCUUUGCGUGACUCCAUGUUAAAGGCGAACACAGUGAAGAGAUCUUCCAGGCGAUCUGAGACAGAUUCCUUGGAUAUUCCACCAGGGGUCUGCAAGUCAGCCAGCGCCCAAAAUCUGACAAUUGAUACCAAUCUCCUGCAUCCUGAUCACACCAGGCUUCAUAAGUCCUGGAGUCUAACCUCCACUACGACCAAUUCUAUGGAAAACAUAUCCAAGGUUAACAGAGCCAGCACGGUGAUGACAAGAUCCAGGCAAAGCAUUUCCAUUAGUGAACAGACCAGAAGUGCUCUCCAGUCAGAGUCAUUUGACAAGACUGAUGUAUGUCCUUGGGACGUGGAGCAAGAACAAUCAGGGGACAAGAACCAGAAGCAUGUGACCUACGCAAACGCUGAGGAUGGUGAGGACCAAGGUCCAUCAUCUCCAAAGAGGCUUGUCUGUCCCUGGGACCAUUUACCACCUGUAGAAAAGAAACCUUCAGAGGAUAAGGAAAAAGGUGCGACAGAGUCCCCCAAACCCAAAUCGCAGGUGUCAGCAAGUGCACCAGGAACUCCAAGACCAAAGGUCACAAAAGAUCAACGUGUCUUCUCCUUCCGUACCACCACCAGUAAGUGGCUCUCUGUGAAAUCAACUAUGGAAUCCUUCGAUGCAGGAAGCAGGUCCAGCAUAGAGGGAAAAUCAAAUAAAGACGACUCUGUUUCACAAAAAAGUCAGGAAAGUGCUUCCACAACGCCAAGAUUGGGAACAUCUAGUAGACGUCCAAACAUGGAAAAGAGGUCACUGCAGAAAAGAAGUAUGACAACAGCAGAAAAACCAUGCCUUGUGAAGCAGAAUGCCGUCAGACGUUCCUCUGGGGAUUCUUUCGACAGAAGCCCAAGAAGGCUUUCGAUUGGAAAAACUGCCGUCUACCCUUGGGACACUGAUGAUAUGCAAAAAGAUGGCACUUAUGAAAAUGUUUUUUUAUCAAGGCAGAACAGCAAACGUAGUAGUACAAGUUCUUGGGAAACUGCCAGCGGCUGUAGAACUCCUUCAGCUCACAGAAGAGGUAGUAAUCGAAUUACACCAGUUCGCAAUAUUUCUUACGCAGAUAUGUGUCCAUGGGAUGGAGCUGGUAAUUCACAGGAAGGAGAGGGACUAAAGAAGCAGCAAAGCAUUAAAGUAGACGUCUGCCCUUGGGAAUCUGAACCAUCUAAUGUAUGUCCAUGGGAAACUCAAGAGCAAGGGAAUGUGAGAAGACAAAGUGGACGUGGUGAAGCAUGUCCUUGGGAAUCGCAGGAUAUUCCCGUUAUUUGUUAUACUAACACGUCCAAAGAUUUACAGACACAACAGUCUUUGAAACGUCCAGCAGAUGCAUGUCCCUGGGAGACUGCAGAAAGUCCCCGACCUUCAAUGAGGCAAGAACAUGAAUAUGUUACUGUUUGUCCUUGGGAUGUUCAGGACAAGGCUGAAGUUGUAUACGAGAACCUAAAUACUUUGGAGACCAAGAGAAUGUUGUCGGUGCCCCUUGAACAAGAACAUAUGAAACCUGCCGUCUAUCCCGGUGCAUCAACAGAAAGUUUAAGUAAUGAGCAACAACACCUUGCAAAGUCACCUGCCCUGCAUUUUGGUAGACAAGUGACCAAGGCAGCAGAAAGUUGUCCAUGGAAUUUCCCUGAUCCCCCUGAAAACAUGGGAGACCUUUGUCCAUGGGAACAGGGUAACACAGAGCCAACAAAUACAGGCUUAACUACAAAACUGACCGUCAAGGUAGAUAUUUGUCCUUGGGAGACUGGACAUCAAGACAAAACAGAAGAUUUGAAAAACUGUGUCUCGCCUUUGAGAGCUGCUUCCGUGCAGACUGAUGAGAAAGAUGAUACAAGUGUAAACAUAUGUCCUUGGGAAACUGACCCCCCUAAAACAACCGCAGCUAUCAAGAUGCUGUCACAAGGACAGGAAAGGUCGGCAGAUGUUUGUCCAUGGGACAGUGGCAAACCGGAUUCAGACAAGACACAGAGCCCCAAAACAUCAGAGAGUCAUGUAAGGCAAGACACAGUUUGUGCAAAUAUUUGUCCAUGGGAUACAGAGGAAUCAGGGGAAGUCAAAACUCAAGUAUCAAAAACAUCAGAGGAGCCACAAAGAAAUUCACAGGAAAAUGUUUGUCCAUGGGACACCGAAGCCCCAAAACUUCUGAAAAAGCAAGACAGCAAUCAGGCAGGUGUUUGUCCAUGGGAUACAGACAGGACAAAGGUUCUCCAAAAGCAAGAUAGCACACGGGCAGAUGUUUGUCCAUGGGAUACAAAUGAGCCAAAACCUCUGAAAAAGCAAGACAGCGAUCGGGCAGGUGUUUGUCCAUGGGAGACAGAAGAGCCAAAGGUUCUCCAAAAGCAAGAUAGCACACAGGCAGAUGUUUGUCCAUGGGAUACAGACGAGCCAAAGGUUCUCCAAAAGCAAGAGAGCGUACAGGCAGAUGUUUGUCCAUGGGAUACAGACAGGCCAAAGGUUCUCGAAAAGCAAGAGAGCGUACAGGCAGAUGUUUGUCCAUGGGAUACAGAUGAGACAAAGGUUCUCCAAAAGCAAGAUAGCACACAGGCAGAUGUUUGUCCAUGGGAUACAGACGAGCCAAAGGUUCUGAAAAAGCAAGAGAGCGUACGGCCAGAUGUUUGUCCAUGGGACACUAAGGAACCAGGAGUUGUCAAAAAGCAAGACAGCCCUGGAGGAGACGUUUGUCCCUGGGAAUCUAAGGAACCACAAACCUCAACUGAAAGCAAAGUUGAUGUUACCCAAAGUGACCAAGAUGAAGUCACGGAGAACCAGGGGCCAUUCAGUGUAGAAGAGACCCCAGAAGAUAUCGGAACAGAGCAGAUAGACGAGCGGAAUGAAAACUUAGCCCUGGGCCGACGUGAUGCUUUGUGUCCCUGGGGCAUGGUAAGGAGCAGAUCUGGUUCAUUCACAGAUAAUACCUCGGACGUCUUUACAUGGGAGCCCGAGAAUAUUCCUGAGGAAGAUGAAGAUGACGAUGCAGAAUUUGCUGCUGAAGCUCUUGUAUUUCCACCUGACUUGUGAUCUAAAUCUAGCCAGUAUUUUCUUUCACUUUGGACCUCUUCCGCUAAAUUAAGGGGAAUGUGAACCCUAUAAAACCAUUUUGAUGGUACCCUGUUGACGGUCAAGGGAACUUUGUGUUAAUUUCCCCAGCUCCACAGGGAGGACAAAGUCCAAGUUCAGCUCACGAUCGGCUCCCCUGUAGCUGGCACAGCUGAAAGCCCUUUUUGUUGGACAUGUACUUGGGCUAAUCAAAGACAGGAUUUGGGGCUGUUAUUUCAUGUCGGAAUAUCCAUUUGGGCCUUGCCGCUGUCCGACUAAGAAGCUUGUGUGUAGUAAAGACUUGAUGAGCUGGACAUAAUUGUGCUGACCUGACUGUCAAUAAGUUUUGUUUUAGCUGUACACAUUGCAUUAUGUCCUCAUUAAACCAGCAAUGAAUGACAGACAGACACUUCUUGGUUGAUGGAAGGGCAUUUAGAUGAAGUCCCUUUUCUUCCUGCAUCUACCCCCAAUUUUAAAUUGAAAUGUUGUUUGUGUCUUUGUAUGUUUUUAGGUUUCAAUUUACCUAUUUACCAUGUACGUACUGUAUGGUUGGCCCAUGGAUCAGGGGAAUAUGAACAAAACCUGAAUUUAACAAGUCCAUAGGGCUUGAAAUAAAAAAUAUAGCAUCGGACCUAAAGGAUGGAUCUCAUGAUCUUAAUCCGGAUUCGCCAGAAGUGUUAAGUGUAAAGCAGUGGAUGUCAAAUUACAUUUUUAUGAUAGAUAAAUCUAUGCAUACCUGUUUGCUUUAGUGGCUGAUUUAAUGACUAAAUGCCAAUUAUUAAUAUUACUCUGUUUUCAUUUAGAUUUAAUGUGAUAAGAUUCCACCUCUUAGAGAAACAAUGCCAAAAACUGUAUAAAUCGCCAUAAACCCAAAAAAUGUAACCCAUUUACAGUGGAAUGAAAACUGCAUAAUUGUUUUAUAAUCUGAGCAUUUAGAAAGUCAAGUCAAUACUUUUUAAGCAGUGGACAACAGUUUCACUAAAAUGGGACAAUGAGAUUAACACGGUGUUAAAAGAUUCAUGCUUUUUAAAUGUUGGGUCAUUGCAAAGAACAUCAAAUUGUACAUGACAUUUGUGUUGCAGCUAAUCUGACCUCUUUUCAACUCUGAAAUGUACUAAAUGUUGCAAAUAAUGGUAGUUAUGCAGGUGAAUCCUCAGUUUAAAUGAAAAAGAGGGCUGCCCCUCAUUAGUUGAUUAGUUGCUAGUUAAGGUUUUUGUCAGGGUUCUUUAAAAAAAACACGUCUUUGUGUAUUUAUUUACAAAUAUUCUUACAUUCGAUAUAAGAGAUUCUUCUGCAUGACUCCAUUGAGAUGCAGACGGCUGGUAAUACUUGAGAAAUAAAGACUUUUUUUUAUCAAUUAAUGGAUAAGUCAAGGAUAUCUUAGAACUAUUAGAUAUAUUAGCUAAUAAAGAGUGGCGCUACAUUAUAAUGUGUGACUAUUUAAAAAGAAAGUGAGAGUGUCAGGUACAGAAAAUAGCAACUUUUAACAGUUGUGUUUCAAAUUGUGUUUGAAAAGGUUUUAUGUUGAAUAAAACUUACAAUAUUAACAGUUUGUGUUGUAAUAAAUCAAACGUCUUAUUGCAGCAAUCUGUGAAGUCAGGUUUCAGUUUCUCAGCACCUCUGCUUCAGCGUCCUUCAGUCUCAAACAGCUGCAGUGAUUUCUUUCGUUCAUUCAGCGAUCUCAUUAUUUAAUCAGCACGGCUAUUUUGUUUUGUCAAUGGAGUGACCUAGUUUUGUGAGAACUGUUGGAUGUUAGUGUGUUUUUGAAUGAGCGUGCUGUAAUGUGUUGUCACGUAAAAAUAUUGUUGUAACACAUCACUUGAUUUGCAUAGAGAGGUUUCCGUUUUCACUUUUGUAUGUAAUAUCUUCUAUGAAAGAGUUUUCUGAUAAAGAAACAUCCACUGAAACCUUCUGGCGUGACGAUGGGACACUUUAUUUUUGUAUUUCCUGGAGGUUAACAUGCAGUAUAUUCAUCGCAGAAAUAAAACCAUUCAAUUUCUGGA